AUGAGGCCAUCUACGCGCACAUUCCUGGCCGCCGCGGCAUCGGCGGUGUUGGGCGCGUCUAUCGCCGCGGCACACGGACUCGAGGAGGUCCUCGGCAAGCAGGCGAAUCUAACGACGUUCCGCGGUCUAGUCAAGGAUCAUACAGAUAUCUUCUCGAGGCUGCCCAAAUCGGGUGUCACGAUCCUCGCCCCGAGCGACUCAGCAUACCUGAAGUGGCAGGGCUGGGACGCCGACAAGGACGCUAUCCCCUUCGCGCUGCAAUACGGCGUCCUCAAAGGCAGGCUCUCCUUUAAUGCUCUGGUGCCGGGCGACUCGUCCGUCGAGUCGACCCUCCUCACGGACGCGCGCUUCUCCAACGUCACGGACGGCCAGCAGGUCCUGGUCACCAAGCAGCCCAACGGCGACGUCGUCGUGACGUCGGGCGUGGCGUCGCGCACCACUGCGCUCGCCGCCGACAUCCCCUUUGACGGCGGGCUCAUCCAGGUGGUCGACAGCCUGAUGGUCACGCCCGCGCGCCUCGAGACGACCGCCCGCGACGCCUACCGGGAGUUCACGUCCUUCCUCGGCGCCCUCUACACGGCCGACCUCGUCGCCGAGUUCGCCGAGACGAAGGACGUCACCAUCUUCGCCCCGCGGAACGCCGCCUUCCAGCAGGUCGCCGGCGCGCUGUCCGGCAUGGGCAAGGACGCGCUCCGUCGCGUGCUGCGGUACCACCUGGUGCCCUCGGUCGUCGCGCAGGCCUCGUCGCUGGCCAACGCGACCGAGCUCGACACGGCGGUCGCCGGGAAGAGCGUCGCGCUGACGCCCUCCAACAACGAAAUCUUUGUCGACUCUGCGCGCGUCAUCCAGACCAACAUCCUCGUCGCGAACGGCGUGAUCCAGAUGAUCGACGCCGUGCUCAACGUCGACGCCCGAAACGUCGUGCCCGACGUGACGGCCGUCUCGCAGGACCCCGUCUUCACGAUCACGGGCACGCCGCAGACGGGGACCGCAGCCCCGACGCCGUUCGUCUCCGCGCUGCCGUGUACGACAGACUGUCUAGGGAGCGGCGGCAGAGGCGGUGGGGCCGGCAAGACGGCAACUGGUGGGGUCGCUCAGAGUUCUAGCACAGCGGGCGCCGCCGCAGCCCGGUGUACCGGCGGGCCGGUAGGAGCCGCAGCGGGAGUGGGAUUGAGUUUGGCCAUGGGGGUGGCGGGAAUGGACGUCUUGGGGGUCAUCGUCUGA